UUCUCCGAGUGAAGCUUUUGACUAAGUCUCAGGAAAGCGUUAGCUACAGAAUUCUAGAUUCAAAAGAAAUCCACCAAAAAACGCUGUGGAGGACUGGUUUUGCCUAAAAGAAAGAGCAGACCUGAACUUGACUCCUCCUACGCCCUGUGAAGGCUGCAAAGUGGUUCCGUCCGAGGCGCGGACUCCGCCCCCACGAGCGCCGCCAUUUUGUUUGGCUGGAGGGGAGCGAGCGGCGCUUUGGGGGAGGGGUCGCGUAGGCGCCUCACCUGACCUUGCAGCCGUGCGGUUGCUGCUCCGGGGCAGGUCUCCUUCCAGGCUAGGAGCCCGGAAUCAUGUACAUAAAGCAGGUGAUUAUCCAGGGUUUUCGAAGUUACAGAGAUCAAACAAUUGUAGAUCCCUUCAGUUCAAAACAUAAUGUGAUUGUGGGCAGAAAUGGAUCUGGAAAAAGUAACUUUUUUUAUGCAAUUCAGUUUGUUCUCAGUGAUGAGUUUAGUCAUCUUCGUCCAGAACAGCGGUUGGCUUUAUUGCAUGAAGGUACUGGUCCUCGUGUUAUUUCUGCUUUUGUGGAGAUUAUUUUUGAUAAUUCAGACAACCGGUUACCAAUCGAUAAAGAGGAAGUUUCACUUCGAAGAGUUAUUGGUGCCAAAAAGGAUCAGUAUUUCUUAGACAAGAAGAUGGUCACGAAAAAUGAUGUGAUGAACCUCCUUGAAAGCGCUGGUUUUUCUCGAAGCAAUCCUUAUUAUAUUGUUAAACAAGGAAAGAUCAACCAGAUGGCAACAGCACCAGAUUCUCAGAGAUUAAAGCUAUUAAGAGAAGUAGCUGGUACUAGAGUGUAUGACGAACGAAAGGAAGAAAGCAUCUCCUUAAUGAAAGAAACAGAGGGCAAACGGGAAAAAAUCAAUGAGCUGUUAAAAUACAUUGAAGAGAGAUUACAUACUUUAGAGGAAGAAAAGGAAGAACUAGCUCAGUAUCAGAAGUGGGAUAAAAUGAGACGAGCCCUGGAAUAUACCAUUUACAAUCAGGAACUUAACGAGACUCGUGCCAAACUUGAUGAGCUUUCUGCUAAGCGAGAGACUAGUGGAGAAAAAUCCAGACAAUUAAGAGAUGCUCAGCAGGAUGCAAGAGAUAAAAUGGAGGAUAUUGAACGCCAAGUUAGAGAAUUGAAAACAAAAAUUUCAGCUAUGAAAGAAGAAAAAGAACAGCUUAGUGCUGAAAGACAAGAGCAAAUUAAGCAGAGGACUAAGUUGGAGCUUAAAGCCAAGGAUUUACAAGAUGAACUAGCAGGCAAUAGUGAACAAAGGAAACGUUUAUUAAAAGAGAGGCAGAAGCUGCUUGAAAAAAUAGAAGAAAAGCAGAAAGAACUGGCAGAAACAGAACCCAAAUUCAACAGUGUGAAAGAGAAAGAAGAACGAGGAAUUGCUAGAUUGGCUCAAGCUACCCAGGAAAGAACGGAUCUUUAUGCAAAGCAGGGUCGAGGAAGCCAGUUUACAUCAAAAGAAGAAAGGGAUAAGUGGAUUAAAAAGGAACUCAAGUCUUUAGAUCAGGCUAUUAAUGACAAGAAAAGACAGAUUGCUGCUAUACAUAAGGAUUUGGAAGACACUGAAGCAAAUAAAGAGAAAAAUCUGGAGCAGUAUAAUAAACUGGACCAGGAUCUUAAUGAAGUCAAAGCUCGAGUAGAAGAACUGGACAGAAAAUAUUACGAAGUAAAAAAUAAGAAAGAUGAACUACAAAGUGAAAGAAACUACUUGUGGAGAGAAGAGAAUGCAGAACAGCAAGCACUUGCUGCUAAAAGAGAAGAUCUUGAAAAGAAGCAACAACUUCUUAGAGCAGCAACAGGAAAGGCCAUUUUAAAUGGAAUAGACAGCAUAAACAAAGUGCUAGACCACUUUCGUCGAAAAGGAAUAAACCAGCAUGUUCAAAAUGGCUAUCAUGGUAUUGUAAUGAAUAACUUUGAAUGUGAACCAGCUUUCUACACAUGCGUGGAAGUCACUGCUGGAAACAGGUUAUUUUAUCACAUUGUUGAUUCAGAUGAAGUCAGCACGAAGAUUUUAAUGGAGUUUAAUAAAAUGAAUCUUCCUGGAGAGGUUACUUUUCUGCCUCUUAACAAAUUAGAUGUCAGGGAUACAGCCUAUCCUGAAACCAAUGAUGCUAUUCCUAUGAUCAGCAAACUGAGGUACAAUCCCAGAUUUGACAAAGCUUUCAAACAUGUGUUUGGAAAGACUCUUAUUUGUCGUAGCAUGGAAGUUUCAACCCAGCUGGCCCGUGCUUUCACUAUGGACUGUAUUACUUUGGAAGGUGACCAAGUCAGCCAUCGGGGUGCUCUAACUGGAGGUUAUUAUGACACAAGGAAGUCUCGACUUGAAUUGCAAAAAGAUGUUAGAAAAGCAGAAGAAGAACUAGGUGAACUUGAAGCAAAGCUCAAUGAAAACCUGCGCAGAAAUAUUGAAAGGAUUAAUAAUGAAAUUGAUCAGUUGAUGAACCAAAUGCAACAGAUCGAGACCCAGCAAAGGAAAUUUAAAGCAUCUAGAGAUAGCAUAUUAUCAGAAAUGAAGAUGCUAAAAGAGAAGAGGCAGCAGUCAGAGAAAACCUUCAUGCCUAAGCAACGUAGCUUACAGAGUUUGGAGGCAAGCUUGCAUGCUAUGGAGUCUACCAGAGAGUCAUUGAAAGCAGAACUGGGAACUGAUUUGCUUUCUCAACUGAGUUUGGAAGAUCAGAAGAGAGUAGAUGCACUGAAUGAUGAGAUUCGUCAACUUCAGCAGGAAAACAGACAGUUGCUAAAUGAAAGAAUUAAAUUAGAAGGUAUUAUUACUCGAGUAGAGACUUAUCUCAAUGAGAAUCUGAGAAAACGCUUGGACCAAGUAGAACAGGAACUUAAUGAGCUGAGAGAGACAGAAGGGGGUACUGUUCUCACAGCCACAACAUCAGAACUUGAAGCCAUCAAUAAAAGAGUAAAAGACACUAUGGCACGAUCAGAAGAUUUGGACAAUUCCAUUGAUAAAACAGAAGCUGGAAUUAAGGAGCUUCAGAAGAGUAUGGAGCGCUGGAAAAAUAUGGAAAAAGAACAUAUGGAUGCUAUAAAUCAUGAUACUAAAGAACUGGAAAAGAUGACAAAUCGGCAAGGCAUGCUAUUGAAGAAGAAAGAAGAGUGUAUGAAGAAAAUUCGAGAACUUGGAUCACUUCCCCAGGAAGCAUUUGAAAAGUACCAGACACUGAGCCUCAAACAGUUGUUUCGAAAACUUGAGCAGUGCAACACAGAAUUAAAGAAGUACAGCCAUGUUAACAAAAAGGCUUUGGAUCAGUUUGUAAAUUUCUCCGAGCAGAAAGAAAAGUUAAUAAAGCGUCAAGAAGAGUUAGAUAGGGGUUACAAAUCGAUCAUGGAACUGAUGAAUGUACUUGAACUUCGGAAAUAUGAAGCUAUUCAGUUAACUUUCAAACAGGUAUCCAAGAACUUCAGUGAAGUAUUCCAGAAGUUAGUACCUGGUGGCAAAGCUACUUUGGUGAUGAAGAAAGGAGAUGUGGAGGGCAGUCAGUCUCAAGAUGAAGGAGAAGGGAGUGGUGAGAGUGAGAGGGGUUCUGGCUCACAAAGCAGUGUCCCAUCAGUUGACCAGUUUACUGGAGUUGGAAUUAGGGUGUCAUUUACAGGAAAACAAGGUGAAAUGAGAGAAAUGCAACAGCUUUCAGGUGGACAGAAAUCCUUGGUAGCCCUUGCUCUGAUUUUUGCCAUUCAGAAAUGUGACCCGGCUCCAUUUUACUUGUUUGAUGAGAUUGACCAGGCUCUGGAUGCUCAGCACAGAAAGGCUGUGUCAGAUAUGAUUAUGGAACUUGCUGUACAUGCUCAGUUUAUUACAACUACUUUUAGGCCUGAACUGCUUGAGUCAGCUGACAAAUUCUAUGGUGUAAAGUUCAGAAAUAAGGUUAGUCAUAUUGAUGUGAUCACAGCAGAGAUGGCCAAAGACUUUGUAGAAGAUGAUACCACACAUGGUUAAUUGGAAAAUACUACCUACUGGUUUGGGAGAUGUAUAUAGUAAUAUGAUUCUCAUACCCAGGAACUGUAAAUUUAAACCUAAAUAUUUGGCCAAUAGUUUUCAGACUUAAAGCAUCAUAGUCCUUUUAUAUUUGUCUUUGUAUUUUAUAAGAUACUUUGUAAUGUCAUGUUUGUACUUAUAGUUUAAGAAUUUAAUUUCCUGUACAACUUUUUGUAAAAUGUUCUGCUCCUAUUUUAAAUGUUUUGAAACAUGCUAAAUAUUCUUUCCUAAUUAUUUUAUCACUUAUACUGCCUUUUUUAUAGCUUCAAUUAAAUAAUCGGUUUUAUGACUAAUAUAGUGUUUUAUGUGGCUUUUCAUUUGUCAUAGUCUCUUCCAGUGAGAACACUAAUCAGAUUGGAUGUAAGGCCUCAUUUUAACUUAAUCACCUCUUUAAAAGGCCUGUCUCCAAAUACAGUUAAAUUUGAGGUAUUGAGGGUUAGGACUUCAACAUGUGAAUUUGGGAAGGGAAGCACAAAAUCAGCCCCUACCAUGGUAUAUUUAUCAUUGAUACAUUACUAUCAACUAAGCUCAAGAUUUUAUUCAGAUUUGACUAGUUUUUCCACUAAGGCCCUUUUUCUUUUCUAGGAUCCCACAGAGGAUACAUUACAUUUACUUAUAUCUCCUCUAGUCUGUGACAAUUUCUCUGUCAUUGUUUAUCAUAUCUUGACAAUUUUGAAGAAUAUUCAGAUAUUUUGUAGAAUGUCCCUCAAAUUAGGUUUGUCUAAUAUUUUUCUCAUGGUUAGAUUGGAGCUAAUACCACAGAAGCGAAGUAUUCUCAUUACCUCAUAUAAUAGUACAUAUUAUUAACAUGUUUUAUCACUGAUGUUUACCUUGAU